AUGGCUGACGAAGGACAUAAUGGAAAUGCUGCUGGAGAAACUGAGCCGGAGAACUUCCGCAAGAUCUUCGUUGGAGGUCUCACUGGAAAUACUACCGAUGAAGUCAUGCGCGAAUUCUACCAACAGUUCGGAGAGUUGACUGACAUUAUCGUGAUGCGUGAUCCUAACACAAAACGGUCGAGAGGAUUUGGUUUCGUGACGUUUGCUUGUAAAGCAAAUGUGGAUGCUGCUAUGGCUGCUCGCCCACACGUUAUUGAUGGGAAAACGGUUGAUCCAAAACGAGCCGUCCCCAGGGAUGAUAAGAACCGCAACGAAUCCAACGUGUCGACGAAGCGGCUUUACGUGAGCGGAGUUCGCGAGGACCAUACAGAGGAAAUGUUUACCGAGUAUUUUGGGAAGUACGGAAACGUCGUGAAGUCGGAGAUCAUCUUGGACAAAGUCACGAACAAGCCUCGUGGAUUUGGUUUCGUUACAUUUGAUGACUACGAUCCAGUGGACCAGUGCGUGCUCUUGCGCAGCCACAUGAUUAACGGAUUCAGAUGCGAUGUGAAGAAGGGUCUCUCGAAGGAUGAAAUGAAUAAAGCUCAAAGCACUCGUGAUCGUGUGGAUCGUAUGGGUCGCUCUCGUGGUGAUGCACGCGGAGGUGGACCAGGAGGUUGGGGCGGUCAGACUCGUGGUGGUUACGGACAACAGGGUGCCGUAGCCGCAAAACCUACUACAACUGCAGGUUAUGGUGGACCUCCAGGUGGAGGCUACGGUCAGCAGAGUUAUGGAGGAUAUGGCCAACAGCAAGGAUGGGGAGAUCAGGCAGGAUGGGGACAACAAGCAGGCGGUGGCUGGGGAGGCCAAAGUGGAGGCUGGGGCCAGCAAGCCGGAGGAUGGGCUGGUGCGCCUUCUGGUCAACAGCAAUGGGCAAAUGCUCAAGGUGGCGGCAGAUACUAG